AAGAAAUGCAGCGAUGUAAGGAUGCAAAGAUGUAUGGGGUACAGGGGUAUAAAGGAAGCAGGAAUGUAAGGAAUGCAGGGGUAUAAUUAAUGCAAGGAUAUAAGAGAUGUAGGAAUAUAAGGGAUACAUAUAGGGUUGAGUCCCGUUAGACCUCCAGAGACAAAAUAUAAUAAAUAACUGGGAAGGGUGAACCGAGGCCCAUGAGGAGAGUUGCCGCGAGGCCCCAUACUUCUUUCCAUGCUUUAUAUUGGUUAACUUUUAGCGUUGGAGUUUAUGCUGGUAUAUACAUAAGUCAGAAUUAUGAGGUACCUCGAGUAGAUGAACCAGCUAAAAUAAUAGAACGAAUAAAGAAAUUUGCAGAUGAAUACAAAAAGAAAUAAUAAUUAAUAAUAAUUUAUUUUAUGAUUUAACAUAAUAUAUUAUGCAUAUGUGUAUAUAAAUAUGUAAUACAAUCCUUUUGAUUUUUAAUAAAUCAUUUUGUGUAAUA